GGAACAUGACGUAAGACGCCGGAAGUCUGUUCGGCGUCGCUCCGUGUGUUUGUUGCUACCAUAGCAACAGAAAGUCUGUUGCAGAGACCGUUGGAGACUUAAGAGCUCGAAGCAGAAAUCAGAAGAAACAAAUCUGAGGAUUUUAUGAUGAGCGAGAAGAGCCGGAGAUGUCGCGAGAUCUGCGGGCCGACACCGCAUUCAGUGGCCGUGAUCAGGAGGUAUCCUCUGCGGAGGACCACGGAUCAGCAGGUCCUGCAGACCCGGGGAAGGGCGGCGAUCCGAGACCAUGUCCAGGAGUCCCACAGAGACCAGGUCCAGGAGUUCUACAGAGACCUGCAGAGCUGCGACGUCACAGCUUCUUGGCUGCAGAGCAGCGAGCAGCGUUUCCUGAGAGGAGACGUCCAGAGACGAGUCCGGGCUGCGAUGGACCGGCACGAGUCUGAAGCCCAGGAGCCCAGAACCAGGCUCAGGCAGCUGCUGGAGGACGAGGAGCAGCAGUUCCUGCAGGAGCUGGAGGAGAUGCAGGAGACCACGGAGGAGAGGAGAACCAGGAUGAAGGAGAGAGCCAAAGUCCUCCGAGAGAGGAGAGAGAAGGAGGAGCAGGAGCUGGCCUCAGAGCAACUGGACAGGAUUUUCAGGGAGCAGUGUGAGGAGCUGCGCAGCGUCCAGAGGAGGUGCAGGGAGCAGCAGCUGGGUGAGGAGCAAGCCUUGCAGCUGAGGAGCAGACAGGAGCAGUGGCGGCAGCAGCAGGAGGAGGAGCAGCUGCUCCAGGAGCUGUGGGAGGCCGACUUACGAGACAAGGAGCAGGAGGAGAGUCUGCUCCUGCAGAGGAGGAGGCAGACAGACGCCCAGCAGCUCUGCUUCCUGAGGAGUCAGAUGGAGGAGGCAGAGCGGCAGAGGCAGCGGGAGAAGGAGUGCAGGGAGGAAGAGGCCCAGCUCCUGGAGCAGCAGCGCCAAACUGACCUGCAGCAGGAGCAGCACCUGAAGCGUCAGAAGCAGCAGAACCAGCGGCGGCAGCUGGACCGGGCCCUACGGCAGAAGAUGGAGAGACUGAGCCGGGUGCAGCAGGAGGAGACGCAGCUGGACCAGAAGCUCCUGCAGGAGCUGCUCAGAGAGGAGACGGAUCAGAGGCAGGAGGCGGCGAGGAGGAAGGAGGAGCUGCAGGAGGAGCAGAGGAGGUACCGCCAGCAUCUGUCUGAGGAGCUGCAGAGGCAGAGGAGAGAGGAGGAGGAGGAGGAGCAGCAGCAGGAGGAGCAGCUGGAGGAGACGUGGAGGAAGCGGGAGCAGCAGAAGCAACUGGAGCAGGAGGCCAGAAGGAGGCUGAAGGAGGAGGUGAUGGAGGCGCGCCUCCUGCAGGUCCAGAACAAAGCGCAUGUGACCCUGCAGAAAGGAGCUGAGCUUCAGAAGGAGAAGGAGGAGCUGAGCAGAGCCAUGGAGGCGAUGAAGCUGGAGGAGGAGGAGGAGAGGAUAUGCCGGAGGCGGGUGGCAGCGGCAUACCGGGCCAACCUUCAGGCUCAGAUGAAGCAGCAGCAGCAGCUCCGGGACCAGCAGAAAGCUCAGCUUCUCAGGGAGCAUCAGCAGGACCUGGUCCUGGAGCAGAUCUACAACCAGAAGAAAGACAAGAUCCUGUCCAGACCUGAGGCCAGCACUACCAUCCUCUAUCCUUUCAGGAAAGCGCAGAGGUCCAGGUCUGCAGCCACAGAGGGAAGAACCUUCAAGAAAACUCAUGAAAGAACAUCCCUGAGUUUCCCUCUGACAGAGAACCAGGAUUCAUGAGGACUUUCAGUCUCGUCUAAACCCUGAUGAAACCGGAUCGGACUCUAAGAAAUAGGACGAGAUGACAUUAAAUGGGACGAGAUGAGACAUGAUGAGACGGGACGAAUGAGACGAGACAAUACAAGACUGCAGAAAUUAUUUACUGUUUGUCCCACUACAUGUCCCACACGUCUUUGGUUCCUCUCAGUCCUGGUUUAGAAGAAACUAAAGGUUUAACUUCUUAUAUGUCACAACAACAUGUGGAUCCCAGAAGUUUCUAACACUAUAACACCAAUAAAACAUUUUCUUUCCAGA